AUGCAGCCAGCAAUGCUCCUCAGCAACCUCACCACCUUGCUACUCCCUUUCUUCUUCCUCCUCAUCCUCACCCCAUUCCCCACCAACGCUGCCCCGCAGGAAGGCCCAUUCUACACCGCCGCCACCCCGCAGGGCAAACAAUACAAGGUCGGGGUCCUCCCCGGCUACCACCUCCCGACUGACAGCAACGGCCAAAUCCUCAACAGACUAGAUUGUCAGGAAAAUGAAGAACGAACGACACCUAUUUUCAAGCGGCGUCACAUGAUUAUCGCCGCCGAUGGUCUGUGUUCCCAGAUGCACGGCCGAAUCAUACCGAACGUUAACACGGGAAACGCGGCGGUCGAAAGGAGGAUCUCAGCCUAUUCUUCAUUCCCCGUAGAGCAGGUGUGGCUCGUAGCGCAGAUGGCCGUCGCCGAAGGCGCGGUGUGGAUGGUUGAUAAGAGUGUCUGCCGGGAAUUGUUCCGGCGGAUCAUAGAUGAAUGCGACACGCAUGGUGAGGAUGUCAAGAUUGGCGGCACUUUAGAGGCCAGCGGAGUGAGGUUUUUUCUCGGAGGGGGCGGUUUCGACGACGGUGACGGUGAAUAA